UGCUUUUAAAAAAAAGUAGUACUCCGCCGUAAUUCUCGAAAAAGAAAAGUAAACCAUAGAGGUGUAAGUGCGACGGCGCUGGUUGAGAAGGGUUUUAUACUUUCAAGUUCAGGUCACCAUAGACAGUAGCAUCUUGGGUUUUACAAUCUUAAGGUGAUAACGAGAGAGAAGAUAUGGAUUCUUUUUCGGCACCGUCCAUUGGAUCUUCGUCAAACAGUGAUUUGAUGGACCAGCUUAAAACUCAGCUUGCCCAGGCCUACGCUGAGCAAUUUCUCGAGACAGUAAGGGAGAAAUGCUUUGACAAGUGUAUUACAAAACCAGGGAGUAGUAUGAGUGGCAGUGAGGGUAGUUGUAUCUCCAGGUGUGUUGAUCGAUAUAUUGAGGCCACUGGCAUAAUUAGCAAAGCGCUCUUUAGUCAACGAUGAAACAGUAGCUGAGUAGAUCCUGAGGCUUUGUUACGAAUUUUUUUUGAGUACAUUUAUUUCACGAUUAUAUACUUUAAUAUGUUUCUCAUUUCUUAUUGUUAUUAACGAUAUUACAAGUGAAUUUUUUCGUACUCCUUAAGAUCAA